UCAUUAAGUGUUUAAAUCCAACGCGAGUUGGUUGUGUCGGAUUUCUCUACGGAGGGGAACGCUAUUAAAAUAUCCACAAGCAUUAUCUUUAAUUGGACGGAGUUGUGUGUCUGUGUGCGUUCGAGAUUCGCGUUAUUUUUUGUUUUUCGUUUUUUGUUUUUUUUUGUUUUCAGUUAUAUAUAUAUUUUUUGUUUUUCGAUUAGCUCGUCCCGUGACUGUUCUCUCGUUUGAUGACUGUUAUCGGCCGUGUUUAGUGAUCGGUUGUGAUUUGAGCGGUGGUCGGUUGUUUGAUUGUUGAAAAUGACCUCGAUAACCUGACGUGACGGGUUUUCAUUGAACCGAUUCGACUCUAAAUUCGAGAUUACGGAAAAUGACACCACGUGCUCAGCGAAUAAUGCCAGCCUAAUUGUUAACCAAUUACGUCGCCCGUCCUUAUUCUUUAUAAUUGCUACGUAACAAUUUUGCGUGCUCCGCCCCGGCCCAGUGUUAAACUUCCCAACGUUUUCAAUUAGAAACAUUCCAGAAAUAAAAAUUAUUCGAAUCUCGAUUCUAAUUCUAGAAUUGGCCGUUGCAAAUUUCGAAAAGUAACUGUUUGCGUUCCGAAUUCAAAAAUCGCGCCUGUGUUUAAAAAUACGUGUGUGUUUGAUAUUAACUUAAAAAAAAAAAAAAAAAAUUAAUUGUGUGACGUUAUUUGUGGUGUCGAUAUUAAUAAUAGUGAAGUGAUGCUGUGUUUGUUCGCUUGAUUAAAAUUAAAACCGCUAAUCAAGCGGGAUACCCGAGAAGAACAAGAAAGCCCUCAAAAUUACCCGAAUUCAAUCACCAAACAACAAACCCAGCACCCUGAGUUUUACAGAUCCGUUCGGGCCUCCCCAGUCCACGGACGGGGGGGGCCCUUCCACCCCUCAGCCCGCUAUGACGUCACAGGAUAACCUCGACCACCACCACCUGGGGGGCUCGCAGACUCCCCACGAUAUAUCGAAUUCAGCCAACUCGACCCCCACGAAUGUGUCAAAAUCUGCGUUUAUAGAAUUACAGCAGCACGGUUAUGGGCCUUUCAAGGGGGGGUAUCAGCAUCCCCAUCAUUUCGGUAGUCCGGGGGGUCAGCAGAAUCCUCACGAGGCAUCAGGGUUUCCGAGUCCUAGAUCAUUAGGUUAUCCUUUCCCUCCUAUGCACCAAAACACGUAUGGGUACCAUUUAGGGUCUUACGCGCCGCAGUGUGCAAGUCCGCCCAAAGACGAGAAAUGCGGUCUCUCGGACGACCCCGGUCUCCGCGUGAACGGCAAAGGGAAGAAGAUGAGGAAGCCCCGCACAAUAUACUCCAGCCUUCAACUGCAACAGCUGAACAGGAGGUUCCAGAGGACGCAGUACCUCGCGCUGCCAGAGCGGGCGGAGUUGGCGGCCAGCCUCGGACUAACGCAGACGCAGGUGAAGAUAUGGUUCCAAAAUCGUCGGAGCAAAUACAAGAAGAUGAUGAAGGCGGCCCAAGUCGGAGCUCCCCCGCCCAGCCUGGGUCUCCCGCCCGGAAGCCCACCAAGCAACAACCAGCUCUUACAUGGUGGUGGAGGAAGUUCCAGUGGCUCCCAGCAUUCACCUUCAGCGUACCAAAGUGGAGGACCGACGCAGGCUCACUCGCCCACACCCAGUUCGACACCCGUGUCGGAAUUAUCCCCCGGGCUGUCUCCCACUGGUACCCAUUGGGACGUUAAGCAGCCCCCCCAAGCUUCUUGGGACGUAAAGGUCGGAUAUCCGACUGCGGGACGCUCCCCUGAUGGGAGCUCGUGCGACGUCAAACCCCCUCACCAGCAAUCAUGGGACCCCCGAGUGGGAUAUGAGGGUUAUUUCGCUCAAACGGAGGACAUUGAGGGCUCCCCAAGCGUGGACGGAGCAAGACGACCGAUGCCCUGGAUGUUAAAGGGCGCGCCUCCUGGUCCUUGGGACAUGAAGGGCGCGCAUGCCCACGCUCUCCAUCACCAGGGAGCCCCACAGCCUCACCCACCAUACGUACCGCAGUAUUCCUGGUAUCAAACGGACGCGAACCCUGGACUUCUAACGCUUUACUCGCAGGGUAUGGCCGGCAGUUUAGCACAUUACGGACACAGAAACGAGUGACAAAGUGAAAUGAGAUCGCGGACACGCAAAAUCGAUGAUAAAAGAUGGCCGGCUCAACAAGAUGGCCGCCUCAACAAGAUGGCCGCCUCAACAAAAUGGCCGCCUCAACAAGAUGGCCGCCCCCAGACGCCGUUCUCCUUUCGUAAAUGAAAAAGGCACAACCAACUUUUUUGAAAUAAGAAAAAUAAUUUAAACAUUAAAAGACCAUUGUAAAUUUUUUUUUAUAAUUAAUUAAAACAAUAAAAAUAAGAUUUGUUCAUAAUGUAAUUGUAAAUGUUAUGUAUUGAAUAUUGACACGGAAUGCGGGAUGUGUUCGUAUAUCUUUAAUUGAAUACUGCCAGCUCUGAAUUAUGUUUCAAAAAUAAUUGACUGUUUUUAAAUACUUUCCUAACAGAUAGUGUUGCAAAAAUAUCAUUAUUACAGCAAUUUACAUGAAUUCGUUUUUUUUUUAAAUCACUGCAAUUUUUUAUCAAUGAACAUAAUUAAUUUAUGAAGGAAAUCAUUUAUGUAAUUGUAAGCUUUAAUUUAUAUUAUGUCGUUUAGAAAAAUAAAUUAUAAAUCCUAAACGGAAGGCACAAAAAAGUUUAUUGUGAUAAAUCAUUUUUAAAAGUUUUAAACCAAAUUUACAAGUACUGUGAAAAAUUGAAAAAUUAUAAUUCGAUGAUACCCUUUGCCUCAAUUAGUUUUAUGACAUCUGUAAAAAAAAGAAGCUCAAAUCAAUAUUUCUAUGAUAUUAAAAUCUCUCAUAUGAGUAUUGAACAAAAACGUAUAAUACUUUAGAUCACAAUCAACAUUUCUAAAUAAAAAAUGGUCCUUGAAUUGUCAAAAAUACUAUCGAUAAGUAAAAUCGAUUAAUAGCAACGUUACCCAUUUAAUUUUUUUUAUUCUCUGUUCGAAAUAGCAAAGUUCCUUUUGCACAUUUUUUUUUUUAAAUUUAAAAAUGAUGCAUAAACUGCAAAACAAAAUGUAUUCUAUUUUAUUGCAAUAUCUUUAUUUGUAAAGUAAAGUAAACUAUUCAAGCUUACCGCCUAUGUAAUUAAAAUGUUUUAAUUCCAAUUAUCUUUUUUUUUCUUUUUCUUUUUAUCAUGAAUCUGUCGAAGCGGAAAACAUGAAUAGAUUACUUUAUGUGAAUGAAUAUGCUAAAAAGGGUGUUACGGGAUGUUUUAAUAAUAAAAUAAAUUGUGUAAAUAGUUUUUUUUUUUUUUUUGUAAUAUAUAGAAAAUAUAAAUAUAAUUAAAUCUCUAGAUAGCAUAAAUUACUUUAUAAUUAUAUUGUAUGUACGCUGUAAGGAACGUGGAAAUAAGAGAAAAAGUGAAUUAAUUUUUUUUUGUCAAAUAAAAAAAGUAAAAUAUC